CCGGGGCGGGGCAAGGAGGCUGGGGCCGCGCGGGUCGCUGAGGUUGCGGCGGCAUCGCGGCCCUGUGCCUGGUCCGUCUGCUCGUCCGUCUGUCUGUCUCGCCAUGGCUGUGCCGGUGGCCUCUCCGCGGACCCUGUUGUUGCUGCUGCUGGUGCUGCCGCCGCCUCCGGGUGCCCAGGGUGAGCUGUGCAGGCCUGCUGGCGAAGACAACCUGAUCCCAGCGUCCUGCCCUGAUUUCUGCUGCGGUUCCUGUUCCAGCCAGUAUUGCUGCUCUGAUGUGCUGAAGAAAGUCCGGUGGGAUGAGAAUUUGUGCACUGAGCCAGAGGCCAGAUUUUCCACCCACCCCGAGACACUGGAGCAGCUGGGUUCCGCACUGAGAUUUCGAUCCAGUUUUGACACUGACACCGUGUCAGGGUUUGGAGCGACUGUCGCCAUUGGCCUGACCGUCUUUGUGGGGUUCAUCGCCACCAUCAUCAUAUGUUUUACCUGCUCCUGCUGCUGUCUCUAUAAGAUGUGCCGCCGACCACGCCCUGUUGUGACCAACACCACAACCACCACCGUGGUUCAUACCCCUUACCCUCAGCCUCCAAGUGUGGCGCCCAGCUACCCUGGACCAACAUACCAGGGCUACCACCCCAUGCCCCCCCAGCCAGGAAUGCCAGCAGCACCCUACCCAACGCAGUACCCACCACCCUACCUGGCCCAGCCCAUGGGGCCACCAGCCUACCACGAGACCUUGGCUGGAGGUUCAGCUGCACCCUACCCUGCCAGCCAGCCUCCAUACAAUCCGGCCUACAUGGACCCCCCAAAGGCAGCUCCCUGAGCCUGCCCCCACCUCUCUGGCUGCCAUUUGACUGUCAUGUGUGAGUGAGUGGCAUGCAAUUCUUUACUGCUCUCUGUGGUGUAUGUGCCUUGUCUAACCCUGUGACUCCUGAUGCUGACCAGGCAGGCACAACACUUACCAGUGUGGCUUGGGACCAACCUGUUUUCUUCCUCACUUGAAUUAUACUUUCUGAAAUCUCAAGUAAAUUAGAAACAUUAGGGUAUGAGGCAUUUCCCAGUUCACCCCAAGGUGACCAGACAUGGCCUGUCACACUUAGGAGAGUAAGCUUUUUUGUGGAUUCAUGUCCUGCUCUGGGGAGUGACCAGCUAGCUGCUGGUCAGGGCCAUGGCUUGUCCCCAGGGCUUGGCUGCAUCUUGCAGUGAGGCAGGUAGGUGGGCAGAACCAGGGGCCUGGCUGAAGCUCAGUGCGUGGGUCAGGUCCCGAUGUCAAAGCACACCAGGCAGAGCCCCAUCUGCCCACCACCAGCUGUCUGGACUGUCCAGUGUCUUUCCUAGGACUAUGUAGAGGUCCACAUGCACUCAACAUUCAGACUGCAGUGAGAAAGCUUUUCUACCUUUGCUGCCUGGCUCCUGCCACUAGGUAAGGGGCCUCUGUCCCCCACACGCGCCUGUUUCUCCUUGCAGUGUCUUGUUUUACUUUUAGCCAAACAUUUUGCCUAUUUUCUGUCUCCAGAUGUGUGAUAGUUGGUGUGAGGUUGAAAUCCCUGGUUCCUGGAGGGUAACCUGACCUCUGAUAAUCUGUUUCCCUUGACACCAGCCUCAUAGAAUACCUGACUCCUUUAUAGCAACCAAGUUUGUCCCGGCAGCACAGAUGCCAGGGCCAAGGGGCUACCUGAACCAAAGCAGGGGUGGGGGCUUAGAUGGUAGCUCUGGCCCAGACAGGAACCCUACCUCCAUGUUCCCUGUUGGUUGCUGUCCCACCAGCUGUCCUAGCUUUGUCUGUUGGUGUGUUUUUGAGCAUCCAGGCUCUGCACCUUUGUUUAUAAUAAAUGAAAACAUUUGGA